CAGUGGAGUGCGCGAGAGGUAAAGAGGGUCUGAGCUUUGAAAAUUCUCGAGAGAUGGUCAAUUUAAGUGCACGGAGGAUGAAGGGGAAAGAGUAGCAUUUUUCGAACUAAAGAAACAUUCAAUUGGGUAAUGGGUUCCGACUCUUUCACUGGCUCUGUGUUUGAUGCAAUCUUGGGAUGUUUUUGGAGUGAUCCACAGGUGGUACCCAGGAUUUUCUUGGGAAAUUUUUGAGUGUCGUAGCUCAUAAAAUAACAAUAUCAGUCCACCUGUUUCCCUUCCUUCAAUUAGGCAUCAACAACGGCGGCCAUGAUUUCACGAAGGUUAGGUUCUAGGCUGCUAAAACCAUCUCAUUCUUUGUCUAUGUUUUCUUCUAAUCUGGUCUUCGCAAAGCUGCAUAAUCCGAUCUCUAAGUCUGAGCCUUUUUCCCUCUUCAAUCCCCAAUGCUAUUCCACUUUUACUUUGGCUCAGUCUACACAAUUAACGCCUUCAGACAUGAUUGUGAAACCCAGAACAUUUUGGGCAUCAAGUUCUACUUUAAUAUCCCAAAAUUUUUGUAAAAACCCUGGCUUCAAUGACCAGAAGAUGUUUGGCCAGAAACCUAGAAAUUUAGAUCUUAGUAUUCUGAGAUCUUUCUCACUCUCCAAUGUGAAUUCCCGAGACCCUUUUAUUAUACAGUCGUCAGUGACAAGACCCAGAUCUUUCUCUACUGAAAAAUCAUCUUCAGAAUCUGAGAAACAUCAAGACCCUAACGCAUAUCCUAGUCAAAACCCCAACUUCAAGCACCAGGAAAUUGAGGGUCCUACUGUUGAACGGGAUCUUUCAGCUCUGGCUGAAGAAACUCGAGAUGUCCUAGAGAAGAUGAUGAGGAACAUGUAUAGCUUAAGCAAGGCAAUGGCUUUUCUGGGUCUGGUUCAGCUUGGAUUAGGAGCUUGGAUCACAUAUAUCAAGGGGUCGUCUUCAAUCACGGAGGUUUCUCUACAAAGCUUUCUGGCAUUUGCAUUUCCAUUCUCGCUGGCUUUCUUGCUGCGUCAAUCUCUGAAGCCAAUGUACUUCUUUAAGAAGAAGGAGGCUGAAGGAAGGCUACAGGUUCUCACUCUGACGCUUCAGGUCGCCAAGCAAUUGAAUCUUCUCUUUGUGAGAACUCGUGGGGUUUCUAUUAUUUGUAUUUCUGGCUUGUCCGCUGGAGUAUUUUAUCUUGUCCUCUCCAGAUGACUCAAGUCAAGAAUUAAGAAUUUUAAACCAACCAUGUUUGUGGAUUUUGAUUGCUGUUGAACUUCGGUUGACUUCAUCGUCAGAACAGUAAACAUUGCGUAGCUUUGACAAGGCAAGCUGAGUGUGUUUACCGAUUUAAAUAAGGAGGCUGGUUUAAGUGUUUUUUUA